AAACCUUUUGGAUAAAAUAAAUGUUUAAUAAUUUAACAGUAAGAAAUAGAAAAUUUUAUUUGUGGCAUAGUGGAAACAUACAUACAUAUAUAUGCACAAUAUGUAAAUACAACCUCCUGAAUUAUUUUCUUCAAUGUUUUCUCAGUGAAUAAGAGUGUUUACACUGUAAGCAUAAAGACCUGAGUUCAAAUCUCCAGCACCCAAAUUAAGAACUGGAUGUGGCUUGUUCUUGUUCCUGUAACUCCAGCUCUGUUAGAAGCACGGAAAGACAGGACUUUUAGGCUUGCUGGCUGCCAGCCUACUUCCAGAGUCAGGGAGAGACCCUAUCUCAAGAGAAUAAGCCAGAUAAUAAGCAGGACACUCAAUGUCUUCCUAUGUCCUCUGUGCAUGUGCAUGGGUGCUCACACCCAAACAAUCAUGAAUAUACUCCACAUCUACAUACAAAUACAAACAAGCAAGCAAAUAACACAUUCAUCACUUUCACAUGGUGCUGGGGAUAGAAACCUAUGGCCUUAUGCUUUCAACUCAAGUACUUUACUAUUUAGCCACAGUUCCAGCCCCCAGAAUUAACAUCAAUUACCUGUCAAAAUAAAGCACUAAAGAGGCAAAUUAAAAUGCACAAGUUAUAACAGAUUGGAAGUGAAUAUAUUUAUGGUUUCUUGAACUCCAUGUUUAUUUUAUUACUUACACGAUUUUUUAGGAAUAUUAUCUCGUUUGACAUCCAAACAAUUCUAGGAGCUAUGUGUUGUCUUAUUUAAAAUAAAAUAUUAGGAUAAAGAGGGGUUGGAAAUUAAAUUAAUAAAUUGAUUAAUCAUCAAAGAAGUAAACUAACUUGAAUUUAUUAACUAGUGUUUAAGUACAGCAUGAGAUAAUCAUUACAGGGACAUCCUAUCACUUUGAUUUUGUUUCCCUAUGAAACAUACUCAAUUCUUGUGUGCUCACUUCUGUCUAGUGAGAGGUUAUGAGCUGAUGGAACCUACCAAGUUAGGUUAUGAAGUCAAGGGAUAUUGAAUAUGCCACAUCUGGAAAACUAUUAUAUGUGAAAUAAUUAGUUUUAUUUUUAAUUGAUAAAUAAUUAUAUAGACUAUGUAUUUAUGGACAACAAUGAAACUUUUCUAUUUGUUUACAUGGUAGAAUGAUUAAAGCAAGAAAUCCAUCAGUGAACACCUGUAAUUGGAUAUGUAAUGGUUCUACAGAUGCACUCUGAAGACUUAAAUUUAUACUCCUCCAGAUUUCAAAACUAUGCAUGCAAUUAAUCACAAAUAUUUCCUGUUUUAGAAAUCAAAACACAACAACACAUGUAGACACAUGCAUCUGUGUACAUUAACACAAAAAUAAAACACAUUAAGAAAAGCUUUUAGCUACACUUAUUUGUGGAUAUAAGAAUAGGUAUUUAGAGCACAGUUACUUGUAAAUACAAGCAUAGGCAUUUAAAAUGUAGUUAGGAAUCAUGGUUUUAAAUUACUAUCUUAUAUUACACAUCAGAAUGCUCACAUUUUACAGAUGAUAAAAUCAGGACUUCGUAAGAGUCCUUGACUAAUACUGUCAGUGACUUACUCAGCUUGAAUAUAUAUUCACGUCUCCUGAUUCACAAAGGAAAUAGUAGACCUCAAGUGAUAGAAUCAGGUUCAGUGUGAGCCCACUAUAGUAAUUAUGUCUAUAUGUUUACCAUGAUUGCUCCUCAGUAAUCCCAUAACUGCAAAUCAUAAUCUCUAAUUCAUUACAACAUGGUUAGCAUAAACAUAUUUUCAAAUAUGCUCAAGUAUGAAUAUUGUUUUUUUUUACUGUUGACAAUCUUCCUGCUGUACCACUGAAAUAAACUUGCAAAAGAAUAUAACUAACUUGGUAAAGAGCACAGCUAUUAGACAAAGUUUGUAUUAUAAAUAUUUUGUAUUAACAUUUUUAUUGUACAAAAUAAUGGAUCUUUAAUGAUACUUUCAUGAAAGCAGACAUAUGUGCAAACACACAAACAAGCAGACAUAUAUAUGUAAAGUACUUUAUUCCACGGCAAAUUUUCUGAGUCUAUCUGGCACCAAAACUUUUGGAUAUUUUUUCAGCAGAGAACCAAGACACUGUUACUGUCCCAAGUUUUUUGAUAACAUACUUAAUGUAGUAUAAAGUUUCUUGAGGUAAAACUUCAUUUCUGAAUUCCCAUUUUCCCUGUGUGUUCUCCUGCAAAACUCUGAGUAGAUAUAUAACACUUUACUAGUACUAUAGUGCUCAUAUGAGGAGCCAGGGACUUUUUCAAACUCCCAGGUUUCAUCAUAAAGAGGAUUACAAUAGAUUUAUUGUACAUAGGAAGUGAGUUAUGAAGUGUUUUCUGUUAGGUAUCAUUUUAACGCAGAAUCUUUCCUGAAAAUUUGGUGUUGGUGGAAAAGAACACUCUUGCUUGAAUGAACAAAUUAUUUUUCUGAGCCCAGGUUUUCCCAUAAACUCAGUAUUCCUUGAAGAGUUAUCGAUUUAUCUCUUGGCUUAUGAAUCACUAGUAAGACUAAAAGAAUCAAAGGAAAAAUUAAAAGCAUAUACUUCAAAGUGAGCAAUAAGCUAAAUGUUUUUUUAAAUCCUCUGUGAUUGACUAUGCUUGAAGUCCAGGAAGAGCUCUGUAGCCAUUAUUUGAAUAAUAUCAAAUCCUUCCCCUGAAAAUACCAAUUAUUAAUAACAAGCUAAAAUAUGAACAUAAAUUUUGUAGGCAUUCAUGUACAUUAUAGUUCUGAGAACCUAUAUUUAUAUAUUAUAAUGUUUUCAUAAUUGAGCCAGUAAAUACAUAUAUUUAGUCUCAAGGUCAUGCUACUGUGCAACCCAGAUAAAUUUCCUGGUAUCUUAAGGAAUGAAAGAAACAAGAAUCAAUAUCUGCUACCUAGAAUAACUGUAUAAUUAAUUUUUAAUUUUUCUUAUGUGUAUGGGUGUUUUGCCUACAUGUAUGUCUGUGUACCACAGGCCUGGUGUCCAUGAAGGCCAGAAGAAGGUGCUGGAUCCCCUGAAACUGAGAUUACAGGGAGUUGUGAACGAACAGGGUGACCUCUUCCUUAACCUGUUUGCAGCACUAUCUGUGUUCCUUGCUACGAACAUCAUGCCUCGUGGCCAGAAGAGCAAGCUCCGUGCCCGGGAGAAGCGUCGCCAGGUCCGUGCUCAAAACGCACUGGAGGAACAGGCCUCUCCAGGUCCUUUCUAUGAGUAUCCACAUCAGUCUAUUUCUGAUGCUGGUAUACCUACACCUCCCGACAUGCUGCAGGGAGCGCACUGUACCAUUUCAGACACUACAGGUGCCCAAAACCAAGAUGAGAAAAGUUCAGAUGACUCUGAUGACACUGUGGCCUGGAAUAAAGAUCCUAUAAACCGCAAAGUAGUCUUACUGGUGCAGUUCCUGAUGGAUAAGUAUCAAAAGAAAGAGGUUAUUACAAAGGCAGAUAUGCUGAAAUCUGUUGUCAAAGCAUCGAAAAAUGACUUCAGUGAGAUCCUAAAGAGAGCCUCAGAGCACAUGGAACUAGCUUUUGGUGUUGAUCUGAAGGAAGUGGAUCCUAUCAGGCACUGCUAUGCCCUUUUCAACAAACUAGAACAUACCUUUGAUGGAGUGAAGGGUGAGGAAAAUAUGCCCAAUACUGGCCUAUUAAUGAUGGUGCUGGGUGUGAUCUUCGUGAAAAAUAACUGUGCCUCUGAAAAGGAUAUCUGGGAUGUGCUGAAUAUGAUGGGUGUAUAUGCUAACAGAAAACACUUCAUCUACGGAGAGCCUAAGAAAGUUAUCACUGAAGAUUUGGUAAGGCUGAAGUACUUGGAGUCCCGAAAAGUGCCCAACAGCAAUCCUCCAUCCUUUGAAUUCACAUGGGGUUCCAGAGCCCAGGCUGAAAUCAGCAAGAUGAAAAUCCUGGAGUUCUGGGCCAAGAUCCAUGAUACUACACCAGAUGCCUUUGAAGCCUUGUAUGAAAUAGCUGUGAAAGAUGAGGAAGAAAGAGCUCGAGCCAGGUCUGCAGCCAGGGCUCGCACUGCUGCUAUGGCCAGUUCACAUUCAAAAGCCAUCACCAGCAGCUCCUCUCAGGCUAAGUAAUAGCUAAGGCUAUUUCCUCACUAUUUGUUUGUAAUGGUCUGUCAGCUAACUAAUAGUGAAGGGUUAAUAUGGGAUGAAAGGAACAAGUGAUUGUAUUUCUUUUCUGUUGUAUAUUAGUAACUUCCAGUUUUACCUUUUUCUCUCUUUUAAUUCUAGGUUAUAUUUUAUACAUUGAAGUCCGAGGAAAAUUUCCUGUGUGGAAAUUAAGGACAGUGAAUAUUUUAAGUAGUAGAUGGGCAGCAUAGGUAUAGAAGGAGCACAAUGAAUAUCAUCAUUGCAUUCCUCUGCCAUAUUUGUUACUUUAAAUUUCAUUUUGCUUUUUGUGUAAUAUUUCAGAUGUUUUUUCAAUUAACUUCAAUGCCUUUAAAUGUAAAAUUAUUAAUGAGUUUGCUUAUACAUUUUCUGCCCUUUAAUAGUUUGAAGCUAUUCUGGGGAGAGAGGGUCACUAUUAUUUAGGGGUGUGGCCACUAGUGAGUUCUCCAUGUUCCAGUGGAUGAACCCACACCUAUGCCCACAUGGGUAGCACUAACUGGACUUAAUUUUUUUUUAAAUAAAAGAUGUAUGAGAAGAAAGGGAGAAGUCUACAUCAGUUUGAAUUUAUUAGUCUGUUCAAUCUUAGGAUUUUGUUGGCUCAGUGACUAAAAUCUGAGUCAAAACAUAGUCAAUGGCAAGUUAAAUAACGAGAUAGCAAAAAUGGAAAAGAAAAUACUUAGAGGAUAAAUACUUAGCUUUUUGGUUUUCUUUAUUUCACUUUGUUUCAUACAAAUAAAGUGUAUGUAUUUUUAUUUGUUUAUCUUACUGAAGAGUAUAAGUGUUAAUAAAGUAUUUUAAACUGUAA